CGUGUGAGCCCCGUAGGGCCGGGGAGGCACUAGCUGCCGCGCGGGGAGGAGGCCGAGGCCGCAGCUUGAGGGAGGCCCCGGCCCCUCUGCGCCUGUGUCUGGCAGAGCCGGUGUGAGACCAAGAGACAAUCCUUCCCAGCCGCCGGGAUAAUCAAGAGUUUCGGCCGGAACUUUGAACACACACCGAGAUAGUGAGGAGCCAGACGAAAAGCACAGACUAUGGCGCUGAAACGGAUUAAUAAGGAACUUAGUGAUUUGGCCCGUGACCCUCCAGCACAAUGUUCUGCAGGUCCAGUUGGGGAUGAUAUGUUUCAUUGGCAAGCCACAAUUAUGGGACCUAAUGACAGCCCAUAUCAAGGCGGUGUGUUCUUUUUGACAAUUCAUUUUCCUACAGACUACCCCUUCAAACCACCUAAGGUUGCAUUUACAACAAGAAUUUAUCAUCCAAAUAUUAACAGUAAUGGCAGCAUUUGUCUCGAUAUUCUAAGAUCACAGUGGUCUCCUGCUUUAACUAUUUCUAAAGUUCUUUUAUCCAUUUGUUCACUGCUAUGUGAUCCAAACCCAGAUGACCCCCUAGUGCCAGAGAUUGCAUGGAUCUAUAAAACAGACAGAGAUAAGUACAACAGAAUAUCUCGGGAAUGGACUCAGAAAUAUGCCAUGUGAUGCUACCUUAAAGUCAGAAUAACCUGCAUUAUAGCUGGAAUAAACUUUAAAUUACU